GCGGACUUUAUGAGGGAAUGGCUCCCGCAUCGCGAGGACUUCCUUGAACGGCUUAUUGAUCUGGAAGCUCCACGCGAGAGGCGGCGGUGCGCCGAGUGCAACGCAGAAUGGAGUCCUUGGAGAUGCAUUGACUGCAUGGGCCAGCCGAGCUUUUGUACAGGGUGCUGCGUCACUGAGCAUAAGCGAGACUUCCUGCAUCGGGUGGAGCGUUGGAUUUCCGAAGACGGUCCUGGGAGGAUGUGGAAAGCGAUCUCUUUCCCGCAGAGCCCUCGAGGCAGCAAGGGCCUGUGCUUGGAGAGUGCGGUAUGUACUUAUAACGGGGUCGGAAAUGAUUCUGACUCCAAUCAAGGAUUUUUUCAGACAAGCUCAUUGUACAAUGUUGGCGCCCGCCUCUUUCUCGGACAUGGAGGCGCACCGUGCCCGCUUUUCUCCCUGAUUAGCGGGGAAGGGUUGUGUCACAAAAUUACCGUAGUCGAUGUUACAGGGGUCCACCAUGUUCGAGUCACGUUCUGCCAGUGCUCGAAGCCCGACAGCAAACCGCGGCAGCUUCUCGCGCUCGGACUCUAUCCGGCCUCCGUGCUUGCCCCCCGCACCGCCUUCACCUUCCGAGUACUUGACGACUUCUUGUUGGCCAACAAGAUUUCUGGCAUUGCGGCUCAAAGCUACUUCGAGCGACUGCGACGGCUUACCAGCAACGCCUUUCCGGCCCGUGUUCCUGAUCGAUACAGAGAGCUCUUGCGGACCAGUCGGCAGUGGCGGAAUCUCAAAUAUCGCAAAUGGCAUGGAUAUGGCCACGGACGGGGCCCCGUAGGUCCCGGGGAUCUUGCAUUGGGAUGUGUUGCGUGUCCGCGACCCGGUGUCAAUCUGAAGGACGGCUGGGACCGGGAAGCCAACCAGUGGAAAUACACACAGUCAUUCGUUAUGGACGGUAAUUUCAGCGCUGAGCAUUUAAAAAUGCGAAGCCCAAAAGAGGAUGUGUCCCUUGCCGACGGUCAUGGAUUUAUGGUAACGGAAGAGCCCUACAAAUGCCACCUCAAAGAGGCCGUAGAGGUUCGAGAGAAAUCGAGCUGUCAUGCGCACCGGGCCGUCAACCAGGCUAAUGCCGAUCGCCACGACAUGGAGGCCACCGGUAUCGGAGCAGUAGCAUGCGCGAGGCAUGGCUGUUUUGUUCCCCAUGCAGUGGUCGAUUUUCAAAAAGGCGAGCGGCAAAUGAACAUGGACUAUGCACUCUCCCAGGCCUUUCAGUUCUACGCCGGCCUGCAGACCUUCAUUCUGAUGUAUGACAUCGCCUGUCAGUAUAGCAAAAAUGCUGUUCCUCGGUUUACGAAGGCUUCGAAGCAUUUGACGUGGCCGCUAAUGGUGUUGAUAUUUUGGGGAAUCGGCCUCUUCCACAUCCACGGCCAUCAGCGAGACUGCCUGCCCAAGUUUUCACCGGACUUUAUUCCUGGGGCAGUGUAACGUACUCAAAUCACGCCCGCAGAUGCAGUGUAUCCAAUCUCUAUUCAGGAGAGUAUCGUAUACGCAUAGGGCAUCUUUAGGCAGUAAUAGUGAGGUAGUUGAGGCUAAGGUAAGUGCGCUGGCGCGCCAUACGAGACGAGAGAGCAAACAUAGCCAAACAUACAUGAUAAGAUAUACUAUAACGGGUAGGUCUUGAUGACCCCCGAAUAGACCCGUUACACUCUCCCCCACUGGACUCGUCUCACGAGUCCCAGCGAAAGACAAUGAAGAGAACAUACCAUGCAUAUCUUCUUGUAAGAGAUUACUCACCUCAGGUACAGGUAAGAUAAACUGUGGGCCGGGUCUCGGAACACAGCAAUCUAUGUAGUGCCCACAGGGUCUCCGUGAGCUGACUACAUCCUGAAAGUACCCGAGAUAGAGCAAUCAAUGUAGUGAACAUCCCAUAUGGAUGUACACA